AUGGCCCGACGAACAAAGAGACAGGAAAAAAGACUGCAAAGAGAAAAUGCAGACGAACAAAGACAGGAAAAAAAGACUGCAAAGAGAAAAUGCCAGAUAACCAAAGAGGACAUGAAAAAAGACUGCAAAAGAAAAUGCCAGACGAGCAAAGAGAUAGAAAAAAGACUGAAAGAUGAAAAAUUCAGACAACAAAGAGACAGGAAAAAAGACUGCAAAGAGAAAAUGCCAGACGAACAAAGAGACAGGAAAAAAGACUGCAAAGAGAAAAUGCCAGACGAACAAAGAGACAUAAGAAAAAAGACUGAAAGAGAAAAUGCCAGACGAACAAAGAGACAUAGGAAAAAAGACUGCAAAGAGAAAAUGCCAGACGAACAAAGAGACAGGAAAAAAGACUGCAAAGAGAAAAUGCCAGACGAACAAAGAGACAUAAGAAAAAAGACUGAAAGAGAAAAUGCCAGACGAACAAAGAGACAGGAAAAAAGACUGCAAAGAGAAAAUGCCAGACGAACAAAGAGACAUAAGAAAAAAGACUGCAAAGAGAAAAUGCCAGACGAACAAAGAGACAUAAGAAAAAAGACUGAAAGAGAAAAUGCCAGACGAACAAAGAGACAGGAAAAAAGACUGCAAAGAGAAAAUGCCAGACGAACAAAGAGACAGGAAAAAAAGACUGCAAAGAGAAAAUGCCAGACGAACAAAGAGACAGGAAAAAAGACUGCAAAGAGAAAAUGCCAGACGAACAAAGAGACAGGAAAAAGACUGCAAAGAGAAAAUGCCAGACGAACAAGAGGACAGGAAAAAAGGCUGCAAAGAGAAAAUGCCAGACGAACAAAGAGACAAAAAAAAAAGACUGCAAAGAGAAAAUGCCAGACGAACAAAGAGACAUAA